CUUCUUAUAAAGUUAAUAAUCUAGAAUUAAGAUUGUCAUAGAUAAAUUAUACUGUUCUAAAUCAAAAACAUAAAUAGUUCUUGUAAUUCGCUUUUUCCUUCUAUUGUCGAUUUGGUUUCCCAUGGAAAUGGCAGCGUCUGCGUUUGGUGUUUUCUUGGCUUUAUUAGCUGUUUCUUCAGCUUUGCCAGUAGAUCAUGUCAUAAUGAAAGCAGACCCUGGUCCUCGGUACCAGUAUGUGGUGGGGCCUGAUGGCGCAGAGGUAGUAGACCUGUGGUGGAAGGCCAGCGACCUGAUAGAAGCUAGAAGAUUUGAUCCUGAAAGACAAGUAUUCUUCCAUUUGUUUACCAGAUCUAACCCUACAGUUUCUCAGCCCUUGGUACUAGGAGUUCAGGACAUCCUCGCAGCUUCAAACUUCGACGCUUCCAAGAAGACCGUCUUCCUCGUCCAUGGAUGGAGAAACACUCCUCAUCACGAUUUCAAUGUUCAUCUUAUCCAUGCAUAUUUAGUGGCUGAAGAUGUGAACCUCAUCAUGGUUGAUUGGAGCAUAGGAGCUGGCGCUAUGUACAUAGUAGCUAUCGCCAACAGCAUCAGAUCAGGGGAACAUGUGGCCAAAUUCAUCAGCUGGUUGAACUCCUCGACUGGUGCGUCCCUGGAUAACUACCACAUCAUUGGCCACAGUCUGGGUGGACAUCAGGCUGGAAUUAUUGGCCGGAACCUGGGUGGAGAGGUCGCGUACAUUACUGCCCUGGACCCGGCCCUUCCCGGGUGGAUAAUCAACCCAUCAGCAUUUAAGUCUACUGAUGGAAAAUACACGGAGGUGAUACACACUGACUUGGGCUUCGCUGGUCGCAUCCGACCUUUGGGAGACGUGGACUUUUAUCCUAAUAGGGGAUUCAACAUGCCUGGAUGUGCCAGUAAGCACUGCAGCCACCACAAAUGUAUAUUCUACAUGGCUGAAUCACUAAUGAAGGGUGGGUUUACUGGUCAGCGCUGUGGCUCAUUACUGCAAGCUCUUACUGGCAACUGCUCCUCAACAGAGACUCUUCAAAUGGGAGGGACCACUGCUAAACCUGGAUCAACGGGAAUCUACUAUUUGACAACGAAUCCCUACUCACCAUUCUCACAAGGCUAAAUAAAAUAAUUAAUUAAGAAAUAAGUACUAUGUUUUAUUCUUCGUCCUCGCUUUGUCUACCUAAUUACUUGACAUAAUAAC